UCUUGGGCAAGAGUCCUUUUUACUUUUGUUCAGACUCCACUCUUGUCCCCUGCUCUGUUGGACAGACAUGGAAAAGCUUGUGCACCUCAUCUUCUUGGUUUUCUUGUCAGCACCCUGUGCUGCAGAGAACAUCACUGUGGUCUAUGGAAUGGAAGGUGGGACCGUUUCCAUCAACUGCACCUAUAACCCCUGGCAGCAGCGGUGGAGAGAAAAGAGCUGGUGCAAGCAGGUUGAUGAAAUCAAGUGCCAACAUGUGGUGAGUGCCCGCCGCUUCUGGCUGCAAUUCCUGAAGAACAGGAAUGGCACCACUUCCAUCAGUGACAAUGUCCAUGAAGGGGUCCUGACAGUGACCAUGAAGAGACUCAAGAAGCAGGAUGCUGGGCUGUACCACUGCAAAACUGACUACUUAGGAGAAACAAAGACCUUAAGGAAGGUGCAAGUGGAAGUGCUGACAGUACCAGGUAUAGUGCAGACUGAAAUGCUAGAGGAGCCUAGUGCUGUGCAGAGCAUCUCCAGCAUCCCUCCUGAAGCUGAUUUCACCAUCUUCUAUGUCAUUACCGGAUUCCUGGUUACUAAGUUCCUGGUGGCUGUGCUGAUCUUUACUGUUGCCAGCAGCAGGAAAAACAGAGACACCGACACAGAGGAGAAGAACCAGAGCCUCAAUGAACAGCAGAUCCUCCCUUUCCCUGCUGGCCUGGCUGAGCAUGCACGGGAUAGAAUCAGCCCCUCCUGGCAAAACACUGCUUAGAGUUGAUCCAAAGACAACAGCGAAUUGCACGGCAAAGGACGUCAAACAUUCACAGGCAAAGAAAGCUUUGCCACCAGCCAUAAGGAUCACCUACUAAACAUAGGUAGCAAUGAACCUAUCACUCUGGUGAGGGAAUGCCAGGACCUGUCACUUUUUCUCAUUGCCUCUGACCCAUAUUUUUUUCAACACAACAGAACUGAAAAGAUGCUGCCAGUAACCCCUGAACCUGAUGGAAGGAGACGGGAGCGGGGGCUGGAGGGGAGGGAUUAUAUAAAGUAUUUCUGCCAAGAGAUCCAGCACAGACUUGCCUGCAUGCAGAAAUGCUUCUGCAGGAACAGGAAAGGUGAGAGCGCGCUUCUCGGUUCUCCUCUAGCCCAGUGCCAGGCCAGAUAAACCUUUGCUGCUCUGCACAGCUACUGACAAAUGCUUUGUUAUAAAUUAUUACUUACAGACUACAGACACAUCAGUGACUAUAAACAGAAGUUCAAGUGAUGCCUCUCAACCACCACAUGUUUUUGGGAGCAGUUCACAAGCUCUGUAAAAUACUCAUCCAUAAGAUGAGUAAGAAAGGAAAAACCUUACUGUGUCUCAAAUCUCCAAGGAAUUUUAGAUUAGUGUUAAAGAGCUAAUAUCUCUACAAAACCCCUGAAUGUUUCCACCCAAAAGCAUGAAAUAUAGCCAGUAGUGGAUGGUUUGUAUAAAAAACUAAUAUUACUAUGUGUCUAGAAAUCAGCUUUGUAACUGAGAUUCCUCCCUCUAAAGGCUGAAGCCAUUAUCAUAGCGAUGGCAAUGCAGUUCUGCAGAGGCGCCAGGAACUGCACCAUACCACAGGCAGAGUUAUUCCAGAUGGUCAUCCCUAGUAUCGGUCCAGUAGGGUCUGAACAGAGACCCAUCAAGUUCAUGUCAUCUCAGAGUCUUCAAGGUGUUGAACGGACUCGCUCCCAAAGAUUACCUUGGACAGUGUGGAUCUUUGCUGUAUAGUUGCUAUGGAAAGGCAUAACGAACUGCAAAACAUAACAGAAUGAGAUGUGAAAUCUACACUUAGCUCUGAGCCUGCUUCCUAGUUUCUCAAGUGAUUUUGCAAAGAAUGAAGUGUUUUGCUGUAUUUCUCCCUGAAAUUUUUCCACUCGCUUAGGGGGAUGUUACCAACAUGUGAUCAUUGCUCAUCGCUCCCAAAAGAGAAGCUACAUUUGGAGCUACCAGGAAGAGUUCUCAUUAUAUAAUGCUGAACUUCACAAAAAAAUUAAAAGUCAACAAGCAUUCAACUAAGCCCACUUUUCUUCUCCAAACCCACAUGUGUGCAUUCACACUUC